GGCGACGAGCCCGAGCCGGUUCGCGGAAUUCCAACUACCCAGCUCGGCCUGGGUCGCGCAACUUCCCGUCCACUUCGUCGUCCUGGCCGCGCUCUCCUUUUCUCGACCUCUUGCACCUUUCCCCAUUGAAUCCUUCGCGGAGCUCGCGUGCCCCCGAAACAUUCCACCAAGGAAACAUUCUUCUUCGCCUCCUCGGCGCGAAGCAACGAAGCUGCAGCCGGCAGCCCCCCUGUGAAGUUUCGCCGCGUGCCCGCCCACCUCUCCCCCGAUCCGAAGACAUCCUGCUUUCUAACCCCUCCUCCCGUGGAUCUGCGCGGCCACGGCGAUGGAGAACCAGCAGCAGCAGCAGCAGCUGCUCGAGGUUUGCCGCUCCAUUCCCCCCACGCGCCCUAUGUUCUCGAAACAUGCUUCGCACCAUCUGCCCGCGCGGUUUCCUGCCCCUUGUUCAUGUGCGGAUGGGUCAACGGUUUGCAGUCUCGUUGCAUAUGGUUGUCAAAUUUACGCCCAUUUUCCCUUUUUUUGGGGCUCCGUUCCGAUCACUAGGGAAUUUCUAGCCUUGUCUGAAGUUUGAUUCGGUGAGGAUGCUCUCCCAUAGCAAAAGCAGGCUCUAGCCACAUUCAUGUGUUGAUUAACCUGAAGCCCUGAAGUAAUGUAGUAUGGACUUAGCACCAUGCUAUAUCCAAUCCAAGGUCCGGUUAAGGAUAUUAUAAGUAAGUUAAGACUUAGGACGCAUAUACCUAUGGUAAUUGAAUCACCCACUACAACAGCGUGCACGGGGACUAAAUUCUACCUUCUGCGCAAAGAGUUUCUGAAAUAUCUAUUUAGCCACUCAAAGUAGUGGGUAAUGUGCAGAUAUGCAGUUUGCCUUUAGAGGAACUUGCAAAUAUGUAGUUAGCUAGUCGUUCAGUGAAGUAACUGCAAAUAUGGGUUGGAACUUAAAUAGAAGGUUACUUUGACACUGAACAUCAGUCCCAAUAAAGGAAUGCAGUAUCUUACUUUUCUUUUAUGUAAUAUGGGUACUGAUCGGAGUUCUCGGUGCACUAAAGCCUGAGGGAAAAAGACAUUGGAGAGAUACUCGACCUGUACAACAUCCAAUUCUUUGGCUCAUCCAGAAGUACGAUAGUCCUCAUAUUUUGUGGAUCAGUAGAUUAAAUGAUGACACAGCACAAAUCAAGUAGAGCAAUGUGUCACAUCCAUACCAGAAGAUCAUGAGGCCACUUGUUGGGGCUGUGGGCUUCGGCUUGUUUUUGCAAGCUAUGCUCCUGUCUUUAAGUGUGGCUGGUGUGGAGCAAUUACACAAAGCAACCCAACUUCAAGAAAACCUGACAGCAUAUGUUUUUCUCACUGGAGGCGUUUACGGGACUGGUUCUUUGUGACCGUGCUCAUUCUCUUCAUGGUCUUUGUUAUAUGUAGGUUCCCUGGCUCUAGCCAUCAGCUUCAGAUUUAACUUACCGUAGUUGUUUGUUUAUUCGUGCAUGUUAUGCUACUAAUAUUUUCGACUUGCUUCAUAUUAUUGUUAUUUGUUGGUCAGUUGUUGUUUUAUUUAGCCUUUCCUUAUCGCUUAACAGGUGGUGGGGUCUGGGCAGUAUAUCCUAUUGUUUUCUCAAUCAGCAAUUUUUGGGGCAUCUUUCAUUGCAUAUUAACAGCUUUCUUGGCUGCAUUUACCAUCACAAGUUAUUGUUUGGCCUCUUUUAAAUCUGCUGGUGCACCAGCAAAUAUACGGUGGGGCAGAUAUCCCAUGGUCGAGAAAAGUGAUCUUGAGAACUAUACCUUUUGUACAUACUGUAGUAAACCAAAGCCCCCGAGAGCACAUCACUGUCGAUCUUGUAAAAUGUGUGUGGUGGACAUGGAUCAUCAUUGCCCAUUUAUCGGCAACUGUGUGGGAGCAUCAAAUCACAGAGCUUUUGUCAUUUUUCUCAUCUCAGUGGUCAUUAGUUGCACUUAUGUUGCUAUAAUGACCAUAUACUCAAGUUAUCAUAUAUGGCCCUCUGUUGAUUUCCCAAAUCUAGCAUCAUCUCGUCAUUCAAUGAAUUCUAUGAAAAUGCUGUUGGAGAUUAUCACUACCUUAGCGAGCUCUGCAUUCUUCUUGUCUGCAAGGGGUGUAGUGCUGGUAUAUCUGGCUUUUGCUAGUUUAUCGGUAAAUGCUGGUAUAUGUGUGUUGCUGUGUCAGCAGCUUAGUUAUGUGUAUGAAGGAAAUACAUAUCUCGACCGUUUAAAUUCGGCGAAUGUCAUGCAUAGAGAGAGAGGGUUGCAAAACCUUGUUAGAUUUUUUGGGUGCCCCUACUCAAUUUCCAGAGUUUUGUUGCGAUGUUCAAACACUGGCAAGUUGCAGGACAAUUCAUGGUCAAAACUUCUUUAGAGGUUUCAGUGCUACUCUGUAAAUCCCGCCAACUGAGACUUGUAUGGGAACUAUUUGCAGUCAAGAUGGUUCUGUCACUACUACAAGGUUGAAUUUCGGUUGGCCACCCUAUAUAACUAGUUCAUAUAACUGAAGUUGUUCAGGAACGGAAUACUCGUACAUGAUAAUUAUUUGCUGGAGGAAGGCAUUAAUUCUUCAGGUGGAUGUUUCUCCCACAUUGAUUUACUACGGAGUAGAACAGUUUCUGCAGAUGCUAAAAUACAACGUGGCCUACGUAUUCAUUGCCUGCAGAUAAUCAUAAGACUACUCCCAAUGGGUGGUAUCAUCCACAUUUAUUUGGUGUCACAUAGGAUUUUCUUAUGAGAUGGCAUGGAGUUAAAGAAGAGAGAAAAGAAAGUUGAGAUGCAUUGUGUUAUCAUGUGACAUAAUUGCUCACAGCAUAUGUAACAAUUAAAUGACUUAGGAAGCCUAGGAAACAACAAUAAGAUAUCAUACAUUGGAGAGGUUGUAUCGAGAAAUCUAGUUAUUACAUUGGAUUAGGAGUAGUCUAAGGUGCUCAUGGCCUUUUCAAUAAAUUGCAAUAUCUGAAAUUUUGCUCACCA